AUGAAGGACGUCAACUACCUAUUUGGCAGAUUAUACCAGCGGUUAGCAAAACCACAACGACUCCAAAGCCCCUGGUUAAUAGCUCCUCGUUCCAUCAAUCCCUCCGGUAUCUGCCCUCAUCGGCCGAACCGAAUCGAACGGGGGGCCAGCGACCAAAACAACAUACGCAAACACUGCUUCAUUGCAUUCGCAAUCGCCGCCGCGAUGGAGGGAGAUGCUGCCUCCAAGUUUUCAGUGCUCCCUCCGGCCAUUUGCCAAGCUGAGAUACCCUUUCAUGAAGAAGGUUACCCCAUCGAUGCCGUAAAGCUAACACUUCUCAACAUCAGCAUGAAUCUCGUCGCCAUCGACACCAAUUCUGUCCUCUGGAAGAGCGAGAAGCCCGUUUCCUGGAAAAUCAGCCUGGCAAUGCUCCUUAACCGUCUCGAGAUGGGAAAGUUGUCUCCAAGCCCUCUUCGCCCUUCAGUCCAGAAUGCAAACGCCGCCGCCGCCGCCGCUGGAGGCAUCAACCCUCACAAUAACAACAAUACCAACAACACCCACAAUACCAGCCACUACAAUACCAACCACCCCCAUCACCACCAUCCCUCUCCCCUCACCCCAGCCCCCACCCUCGCCAUGACCCGCACCGGCAAAUCCGCCAAAAACCGUCCCCUCGAAGACUUCGAAGACCUGUACUACUCCUCCCUCGCCUCCAUCCGCGACAUGCACCAGCACCUCCGCAUCCGUCUCGACAACAACUUCGCGCAGCCCUCCACGCCCGUCUGCACGCUCGUCAUCACGGAGACGCACGCCAACCACGUCUUCACCAUCGCCGACACCCUUCCCCUCCUGCACGCCCACUGGGCCACCCUCAACGACCCGCUGCUCGUCAAGCCCCUCGACGCCGCGAUCCGCCGCGCCCGCGUCAAGUGCAUGCACCUCGAGCUCAUCCAGCGCGGCGGCGGCAGCGACGCCGCCACCAUGGACGACGUCGCGGAGACGCUGUAUGGCGAGGAGGAGUACGAGGAGACGCCGGGCCUCGCGUGGGUCGGCGGCUGGGCGAGCAGCAUGAUCGCCGCGUGGAUGGAGGAGAGGUACCGUGGGGUUUUGCCUCCUGCCCCUCCUGUGCAGGAAGAACAGCAGGAGCAGCAGGAGCAGCAGGAGCAGCAGCAGCGUGCUCAGUCCCAAGACCAGAACCAGCAUCAGAAUCAGCAACAGCAAGGUCGCCGUGACGAAGCCGGUCCACCACCAGCCCAACAGCCCACUUUCAACGACGCUGGUCCAUUCAAGCAGCCCACUUUCGACGAGGCCUGCGACGCCGUCCGGCGGAGCCUAACCCGAGGAGGAGGAGGAGGAGAACCCCAACACCAGCACGACUACGACUACGAAACCAUGAAGCGCAAGCGCCAGACCGAAGGGUUCCUCGACCAGCAGUACCAGCUCCGCGAGGAGCAGCUUCGCACCGCUGGAGAGGCGCUGGCGAGGCGCUGGGGCACGCAGAAGGACAACGCGGAGUGGGCGAUGCGUGCGGAGCGUGUCAGGAGCUAUCAGGACUACCUCUGGGCCAUGGUCAACCGCCACGAGGGCGGCGCCGUAGGAGGAGCACGCGCACCUGUUGGAAUUUGGGGUGGCGGCGGCUCGGUAGGUGGAGGUUCGGUGGUGGGCGGUACCGAUGGAGGUCAUGGAGGUGCUACAGCGCCAGGAAUGGCGGGCAGGAUGAGUUGGGAUUUCGUAUAGGUGGGCUCCAAGCUUGGGCUCAUGCUUGUGAGAGAUUGGACGACGUCGUCAACCCUUCCUUUCGCUCGCUCUUGGGCCUUCACUCGAUAUUCCUGGCUUGCAUCUCUCGGUACACGGUGGGGGGGAACAAAUUGGGCCUUGAACUUGGGAACUUGGUUAAACGGCCUUUACUUAUGGAUUUCACGAAUGGAUGACUGGCGUAACGGAUGACUGGCGUAACGGAUUAACGGAUCAACGAAUGAAUGACUGGGACGAACUACCUUUCAAUGAACCUGGAGAAUGGCAUGCCAUGGCAUGUCAUGGAUACCUUCAAUGACAUUGGAAACAUACG